AUGCCACUGUGUAUUAUUAACAUAGCUUACUUUUGUGGUUUACCAAAUGAUAUUGUAGCUGAAAUGACUCACUAUCGUGUUCAAAAGUUUUUAGAUAACUCAUUGACAAGCGAUGGUAUUACUGUCGCCGGUGGCCAUGGGCACGGGUCUGAACCCAAUCAACUUAAGUCACCUGUUGAUGUAUAUGUUGAUGAUAGUAGUAAUCACCGAAUUCAAAUGUGGCCGAUCGGUGCAACUAUUGGUAUCACCGUUGUCGAUACAGAGGGCACAGGUGAAUACGAAAACCGUGUUGGUUAUUUUCACAAAAGGAAAGAUUUUGCUGAAGCAAAAGAGAUGUCAAUUGAAGAACAAAUAAAUUCAUUAAGAAACAAAUUGAAAUGGAAUUAA